UCAGUUCAUACGAACGACGACACUAGACUAGCACCCAGCCGAUUGCGACGCAGCUCAGCGGUCGGUUCACUCAUCUAGUUCUGGAUGCGGCCUUACUCUGGAUUGACCUCGACCUGGGGAGUGAUGGCGACGUACCUUCGAGUCCAGGCUUACCAAACUGGAUUUUGAGUCUAGCUUCAUUUAAAAGCAAACAGACAACUGGAAAGCAGGGAAACUCAAUGUUUGCGCUAGUUUCACAAUGCGCUGUCUGUCAAACUUGAGUAUGAAGAUUCCCCACAUCUCGAACGGCAUGGAAGCGUUCCUAGUUACAUCUUACGCUCACAAUACCGAUACUUCCAAUAACGAACAUUUGGGAGAAGCUUGGCGCCAUGGAUUCCUGGGAUGUAAGGCCACAACCUCUAAAUGCUUCUGACUUCUUAAGUGAGGAGCAUAAUUCUCACAUAACUCUCUCACUCUGGUCCGCACCUUCGCCACGCUUAAUCACUUCAACACUCUCAAUAUCUUCAACCUUUUCGAAUCCCUCAACUCCUUUGAGGCCCUCAACCGAGUCCUCGACCACUUCUCCCAGUCCUUCAUCUACUACUACCCCGGCUUCACCCACUAUCUACGGCAUGGAUCCUUCAAGUCAGCCAACAGAUAAGACCAAGGACAUUCUCCCAGGACAACAUUACCUUGCCACCCCUACAAAGAUGGAGGAUCAAGAAGAAAUCAUCGAAGAUGCAGCCACCCAGCAUGCUCGCUGCUUAGAGCCCGAUGCACAGCCUAAGCACAAAGACCCCACAUACUACUUUGACGCGGUAUCCCACCUGAUGUCAUACGAAUUCAGCGGAUGCGAAGACAGAGACGGAUUCGCAAAGGCUUGGGCAAAGCUUUCACCCCCCAACCUGCCAAUUCCACGCUACGAGGUGUAUCUUGAUUGGUGCAGGGAGUUUAGCGAACAGAGGUUGCAAGAGUGGAAAUCACGCCUGCCAGCCCAGUCAUAUUCGAGAUCAUCCGGCCAGAAGGAGGAAAUUCUUAAUGCGCUCCACGAAACUCAAACGAUGAAGAUGCUCAAGUGGUCCAAAUUCUACAACCUCUAUGACUUCCACUACGGGCGCCAACAAUCUCCAUAUGACCUUGGUCAGAUUGGGGAGGCGGAAUAUCGCAUUGCAUUCCACCUCUACAACUUCGUGGCCGAUGAGGAUGAGGAUGAGGAUGAGGAUGAGGAUGAGGAUGAGGAUGAGGAUGAGGAAGAGGAAGAUGAUGACGCAACAUGGGAGAUGGACAUUCCCCCAGCUGCUGUACCAGCUGCUGUACACUGGCUGGCUCCUGCGGACGAUGACGACUGCCAAAAGCCCAGCAAGAACACAAUGCUCCGGACGUACUUCGCCCUGCAGAACCCCACUUCCCCAGAAGGAACGUUAUUCGGGAUGCAACUUGGGUACCUUGAGCGGCGCAAAGACACUACGUGGACUGCUACCACCAUCGUCGUCUUUGUCAAGGUCGAUCCUGAGACCUUGAUGUCCGAUGGUAUAUUCUACCUAGAUCCUUCUGUGGUAGAUGGGUGUUCAGGAUGGACUCAAAAUGACUCUGAAGUGCUUCAAGACUUAGGCAGUGGAAGCAAGUUCAGCUACGGUCCCAUUGAGGUACCGGACGUGUGCGGUGUGGACAAAGAUGCGGAGCAGGGUGUCCUUGUAGCAAAGCUUGUCGCUUCUCGGAUUGCUACAGACAAGCAAGAAAUAUGGGUCGCCAAACCUCAAAUUAACUAGACAAUUGUC